CGAGCGGCCGGCCCGGCUGCGGUGAGUGGACGCGGCCCGGGCCAGGCUCCGGAGCCGCCCCCCGACCCUCCGAGGUCCCCCCCCCGGCGCCGGGGGCCGGGGCGAUCGAGCGAUCGCCCGCACAGGAGCCCGCUCGAGCACCCUGAACCAUGGCCGGCCCCGUGGACCACGGGGUCCAGAUCCGCUUCAUCACGGAGCCCGCGGGGGACGUGCAGAUGCGCACCGGGCGCCGGCCGGCCAAGGAUGCCAGGGCCAACACCUACGGGGUGGCUGUGCGCGUCCAGGGCAUCGCCGGGCAGCCCUUUGUGGUGCUCAACAGUGGUGAGAAAGGCAGCGAGUCCUUCGGGGUCCAGAUCAAGGGCGCCCACCGCCAGGGGCCCCCGGGAGCCCCGCACCCCGACUCGGAGCCGCCCGCCGAGCACUCGGGGUCCCCUGCGCAGGAGAGCGCGGGCCCCUGGCAGGGCAGCGUGUCGGAUGAGGAGCUGGGGGACCCCUGGAGGGGCCGGCUGCUCCGCUCCCAGUCCCAGGCCUCCCUGGUGGGCCCCGCGCCCCUGGGCCCCGGCCACAGGAGCACCAGCCUGCUGGAGCUCGGGCCACCGGGGGUCGGCGCGGGCAGUGCCAUCGACACCGCGCCGCUGUCCUCCGUGGACACGCUCAUCCACAAGUUCGACCGGCACCAGGGGGGCCAGGCCCGGGGUCGCACCGGCCGCCGCCUGAGGACCCUGCCCGCCGAGCAGCGCAAACGCAGCCAGAGCCUGGACAGCCGCCCCCCGCGGGACCCACCCGAGGACCGCCGCUCGCCCAUCCCCUGGGCACCCCCGAGGCCCGGCGGUGGGAGCAGCUCCAAGCAGCCCGUGCCCAAGCCCAGCGUCACGGGCAGCAGCUACAGUCGGGCUCGCCAGACCCAGGACUGGGUCCUUCAGAGCUUCGAGGAGCCCAGGACCAGAGCCCAGGACCCCGCGGUGCUGCAGUUCAAGUCGACUCCGGACCUGUUGCGGGAUCAGCAGGAGGCCGCCCCUCCGGGCAGCGUGGACCACGUGAAGGCCGCCCUGUACAGCAUCCUGAGGGAGGGGAGCUCGGAGAGUGACGCCUCUGUGAGAAGGAAAGUCAGCCUGGUCCUGGAGCAGAUGCAGCCUCUGGUGAUGACACCUGGGUCUGCCAAGGUCCUGGCAGGGCAGGGCGAACUCGCCCAGAAGGUGGAGGAACUGCAGAGAAAGCUUGAUGAGGAAGUGAAGAAGCGACAGGUGCUGGAGCCAUCCCGGCUGGAGCUGGAGCGGCAGCUGGAGGAGAAGGCCGAGGAGUGCACCCGCCUGCAGGCGCUGCUGGAGAGGCAGCAGGGCGAGAGCCGGCAGAGCGGCACCGAGCUCCAGAACUUGAGGCUGCUCCUGGACCAGGCCGGACGGGUCCGAAGUGGGUUGGAGACGCAGGUGAUGGAGCUGCAGGACCAACUGAAACAGCGGCCCGUGCCCGCUAAGGAGGGGCUGAUGAAGGACCUGCUGGAGACGCGGGAGCUUCUGGAAGAAGUCUUGGAGGGGAAGCAGCGGAUGGAGGAGCAGCUGCGGCAGCGGGAGCGGGAGCUGACGGCCCUGAAGGGGGCCCUGAAGGAGGAGGUGGCCUCGCGCGACCAGGAGGUGGAACACGUCCGGCAGCAGUGCCAGAGGGACACGGAGCAGCUUCGGAGGAGCAUCCAGGAUGCCAGCCAGGACCAGGCGGCGCUGGAGGCCGAGAGGCAGAAGAUGUCGGCCCUGGUGCGGGGGCUGCAGCGGGAGCUGGAGGAGACCUCGGAGGAGACCGGGCACUGGCAGACCAUGUUCCAGAAGAACAAGGAGGAGCUACGGGCGGCCAAGCAGGAGCUCCUGCAGCUGCGCAUGGAGAAGGACGAGAUGGAGGAGGAGCUCGGGGAGAAGAUGGAGGCCUUGCAUCGGGAACUAGCGCAGGCCCGCGCCGGGGCUGGAGGGUCUCGGCAGGUGGAGGAGCUCCGGAAGGAGCUGCGUCUGAUGGAGGAGGAGCUGAAGUCCCUGCAGGCCGAGCAGCAGAGCUGGGAGGCGUCUGGGCAGCAGCGCGAACGGGACUUGGAAAAGAAGCUGCAGGAAGAGACUGCGCGAGUCCAGGAGCUCGAGCAGCAGAACCUGCAGCUGCAGAAGAGAACGCAGCAGCUGAACCAGGACUGUGCAGAGGCCACCAAGGCUCGCACGGCAGCAGAGGCAGAAGCAGCGGUGCUGGCACAGCGGCGGGUGGCCGUGGAAACGACCCUUCGGGAGACCCAGGGCGAGAACGACGAGUUCCGCCGCCGCAUCCUGGGUCUGGAGCAGCAGCUGAAGGAGACCCGAGGCCUGGCGGAGGGCGGGGAAGUGGCGGAGGCGCGACUUCGGGACAAGCUGCAGCGACUUGAGGUGGAGAAGCAGCGGCUGGAGGAAGCCCUGUGCGAGGCGCAGGCCGAGGAGGGGAGCCUGGCGGCGGCCAAGCGCGCGCUGGAGGCCCGCCUGGAGGAGGCGCAGCGCGGGCUGUCGCGCAUGGGGCAGGAGCGGCAGGACCUCGCGCGCGCCCUGGAGGAGGAGGGGAAGCAGCGGGAGGCCCUGCGCCGGGGCAAGGCCGAGCUGGAGGAGCAGAAGCGGCUGCUGGACAGGACCGUGGAGAGGCUCAACAAGGAGCUGGAACAAAUCGGGGAGGACUCGAAGCAGGCCCUGCAGCAGCUGCAGUCCCAGCUGGAGGAUUACAAGGAGAAGUCCCGGCGCGAGGUGGCCGACGCCCAGCGCCAGGCCAAGGAGUGGGCCAGUGAGGCCGAGAAGUCCUCUGGGGGCCUCAGCCGGCUCCAAGAUGAGACCCAGAGGCUGCGUCAGACCCUGCAGGCUUCCCAGGCUGACCUGGACACAGCCCGGCUGGACAAGGAACUGCUGGCACAACGACUGCAGGGACUGGAGCAAGAGGCAGAGAAGAAAAGGCGCUCACAGGAUGAUAGGACCCGGCAAGUCAAGAGCCUGGAGGAAAAGGUGUCCCGGCUGGAAGUGGAGCUCGACGAGGAGCGGAACACAGUGGAGCUGCUGACCGAUCGGAUCAACCGCAGCCGGGACCAGGUCGACCAGCUGCGCACUGAGCUCAUGCAGGAGAGGUCCGCGCGGCAGGACUUGGAGUGUGACAAGAUCUCUCUGGAGAGACAGAACAAGGACUUGAAGGGGCGCUUGGCCAGCUCGGAAGGCUUCCAGAAGCCCAGCGCCAGCCUCUCGCAGCUGGAGUCCCAGAAUCGGGAGCUGCAGGAGCGGCUGCAAGCAGAGGACAGGGAGAAGACGGUGCUGCAGUCCACCAACCGCAAGCUGGAGCGCAGAGUGAAAGAACUGUCCAUCCAGAUCGACGACGAACGGCAGCACGUCAACGACCAGAAGGACCAGCUAAGCCUGAGGGUGAAGGCUUUGAAGCGGCAGGUGGACGAAGCCGAAGAGGAAAUUGAGCGUCUGGACAGCCUGAGGAAGAAGGCCCAGCGGGAGCUGGAGGAACAGCAUGAAGCCAACGAGCAGCUCCAGGCCCGGAUCAGAGCCCUGGAGAAGGACUCCUGGCGCAAAGCUGCCCGGUCCACUGCCGAGUCCAGCCUCCAGCACGAAGGGCUGAGCUCAGAUGAGGAGUUUGACGGAGUCUACAACCCAAACUCCAUCGCGUCCUUGCUCACGGAGAGCGGCCUGCAGACCAGCUCCUGUUAGCCCCGGCUCAGCUCCCCAGUUCCUUUGGGGGACCCCACUCUUCAGCCCGAGACAGGGAGGGAUGUGAGCUGGGCGCUUCAACGCAUCUGCCCAGUGUCACGCUGCUGUCCUCCUUCCACUGAUCAUGUGGAGUGUCAGGCCUGCCGAGUCCUUCGUGGGAUCAUGAACUCUUCUGGGACGGGCCGAGAAGGCCUGGAUAGAAAGCCUCAUUUCUUUAGCCCUUAACCCUCAGGCUCAGGGAAAUACCUGAUGUGCUUCUGCUCCCUAGAACCCAAGACCCAUUUCCUUUCCACUCUGGGGCAAGGUGAGGGAAAGGGGGACGGGUCGUGGCACGCUGGCAUGGCUCUGCACACUUCUUGAAUGCACUACUUGGCAGUUAGGGCAACCCCGGGGUCCCCACCUGCCUUCACUCUUUUUUUUUCUUUUUCUCUGAACCAGGGGCUCCAAGGGACCCUUUCUGCCACCCUUCCCUCCCCACCAUUCCGGCCGCCUUCUUUCCCUUCCGUGCCUUAGGUGAGGCGAGGAGAUGGGCUGCUUCUGUUUCCACCUGCAUUCAUACCUCUCUGGGGAACAGCCUUCUCCCCCGCCUGGGAGAGCUGUGAGAAGGUGUUCAGACCUGGGUUCGAGAAGGGUUCCCACCCUUCUCCUUUGCCUCUGCGAAAACUGGAGGUUUCUAGGAGACAGUGGCCCUCAGGAAGCCCAUGUCUGCAAAGUGACAGUUCUCAUCUCUGCUCUCUGCCUUGUGGCUGUCCAAACCAGGGCGGCAAGGAGCCAGUGGGCCCUCAGCAUCUCUGGCCAAAGAUUUGGUCCUCGGAUUGGCUCCGUGGUAGAAAUGAGAAGCCGCAGAGAGUCUGUCCCUCUUUCUAGUUUUGAAGGGGCCCAGCCAUGGUGGGGAGGACGUAAGGAGACUCACCUCAGUUCCAGAGGAAGCUCUGGAAGGCAUCUGGAGGAGGGGAAAACGGCGGUUUGCACCAAUGACUUGUAACUUCAUGAUUUAAUAGCAAAGCUUUUAUUUUUCAAAUUUCUCCCAAUCCAGCAUUGAUUUUAUUUAAAUUAAAUAUUAAAACUCUAUGUCUAUA